CAAAGUCCUGUUCUUCGGGAAGGAGGGCGAGUUCUAGGCGGUGAGGGCCGUGAAGGCCGGGGAGACUGUGGAGCGAGUAUCCGAGCCGCGGAGGACGAGCUCUUAGGAGCCAUGAGGAACUUCAAAGGAACCAACUUCGGGACUCUGCUAAGCAGCCAGGACGACGCGAGAGAGUUAUUACCUGACUUGAAGGAGUUCUUAGGUUUUCCCAGCUGUCGCUCAGAUGCUGAGCGGAGACAAGUUUGCGAUGCUGUCCUGAGGGCUUGUAACCAGCAGCUGACGGCCAAGUUGACUCGCCCAGGGCACCUGGAGGACCUGCUGGAGCUGGCCGAGCUGGCCUGUAAUGGCUAUGUGGCAUCCACCCCACAGCGCCCUCCCCUCUACCUGGAACGGAUUCUUUUCAUCUUACUGCGAAAUGUCGCUGCCCAAGGAAACCCAGAGGCCACGCUGCGUCUCGCCCAGCCCCUCCAUACCUGCCUGAUGCAGUGCUCCCCUGAAGCCGCGCCCCAAGACUACGAGGCCGUGGCUCAGGGCAGCUUUUCUCUACUCUGGAAGGGGGCAGAAGCGCUGGUGGAGCGACAGGCCGCACUGUCCGCCCGCCUGAGGGCCUUGAGCUUCUUGGUGCUCUUGGAGGAUCAGAGUAAGCCUUGCGACAUUCCUCACUUUGCUUCGCCAACAGCCUGCCGGCUGGUUGCUGCCCAUCAGCUGUUCGACACCAGUGGACGUGGUCUGAGUGAAGCAGACGCCGAGUUCCUUGGGGACCUACUGGCCCAGCACGUGUUCAGAGCCUUGGGGGCUGAGCAGCCGGCCACUCCAGGACCACUGUCUCCCCCGAGGGCCCUGUGCCUCUUGGAGCUCACCUUGGAACACUGCCGCCGCCUCUGCUGGAGUGGACACCAUGACAAGGCCACCCGCGCAGUGGCGAAGGCACAUGAUUCCCUAGGGAACACCAGCCUGGCCACCAGUCUCCAGCUGUGCCAGCUGGGAAUCGAACUGCUGCAGGCUGCAGAGGAGGGAGCCCAGAUGGUGACCAGGCUGCUGAUGAAGGCCUCGGCUGCCCUGAGCGACAGUAUGCGCGCGGCAUCACCCCCUCUCCGGGCAUUGUAUGAGAGCUGUCAGUUCUUCCUGUCUGGUCUGGAGCGAGGAGGCAUCAAGAAGCGCUGCGGACCUGAUGGGAUCCUGACUCUGUUUGCAUUUCUUGGAGACUACCGCUCUCUUAUCCGACAGCUGCGGGAUGGCGAGGUGUGUAAGGACCCAUCCAAACAACAGCAGUCCUUGCUUCAGGUGUACUUUCAGAGCCUUCACCUCUACACCACGAUGAUCUACGACUUUGUUCAAGGCUGUCAGGUGUCUGAUGUGGCUGACCUGGGCCAGCUUGUUGAAAGUUGCAGAUCUGUUGCUGUCUGGAUGCUGGAAGCCUUAGAGGGCCUGUCUGGCCCGGAGCUGUCUGACUUCAUGGGAAUGACUGCUUCCUAUACCAGUAACCUGGCCUACAGCUUCUAUCGCCACAAGCUUUACUCCGAGGCCUGUGCCAUCUCAGAGCCUCUCUGUCAGCAGUUGAGCCUGGCAAAGUCAGGCACUUAUGCCAGCGUGCUUCCUGAGAAGUUGCACAGGGGCUUCCGGCUGCACGUGGAGUGUCUGAAGAAACUGGGUAAACAUGCCGAGGGCUGCAAGAUGGUGAUCUUAUGGCUGACAGCCAUGCAGUCCUAUGGCUGUGAACACAUGGUGGAGCCAGUGACUUUUUGGGCUCGGGUCAAGAUAGACGGGGCCAGGGCCGGAGACAAGACGCUGCAGCUGAAGACUCUGCGAGACGGCCUGAGUGGCUGGGACCCGGAGACCCUGGUCUUCCUGCUGAGGGAAGAGCUGCAGGCCUACAAGGAGGUGCGUGCUGACACUGGGCAGGAGCGUUUCAACGUCAUAUGCGACCUGCUGGAGCUGACCCUGGAGGAGACGCCGGCAGGGGCCUGGGCACGAGCCACCUACCUUGUGGAGCUGGCUCAGGUGCUGUGCUACCACAACUUUGCCCAGCAAACCAAUUGUUCAGCCCUGGAUGCCAUCCACGAAGGCCUGCAGCUUCUGGAAGCCGUGAGGCCUGAGGCCCAGGACGAGGACCGGCUGCGGGAUGAUAAAGCGCAGGCCUUGCUCUGGCUCUACAUCUGUACCCUGGAGGCCAAAAUGCAGGAAGGCAUUGAGAGGGAUCGCAGAGCCCAGACCCCAAAUAACCUAGAGGAAUUCGAAGUCAACGACCUCAACUAUGAAGACAAACUCCAGGAGGUCCUUUUCCUCUACAGUAACAUCGCCUGCAACCUGGCCGCAGAUGCUGCUCAGUCCAAGUGUCUGGACCAAGCCCUGGCCCUGUGGAAGGAGGUGCUGACCAAGGGGCAGACCCCAGCCGUGCGGUAUCCGCAGCAGACAGUGGCCUCCUUGCAGAUCCUCGUGGCCCUCUAUCAGCUGGUGGCCAAGCCCCUGCAGGCUCUGGAGGCCCUCCUGCUGUUGCGGAUCAUCUCGGAGACCCUGAGGGACCAUGUGAAGGCAGCCAACGCCUCCUGCCACCUGGCCCAGCUCCUCCUGACCCUCGGCUGUCCCAGCUAUGCCCAGUUACACCUGGCAGAGGCUGAGUCCAUCCUGAAGCGUCUGGAUCAGAGCAGCGACGCACACCUGCUGCUUGCCCUCACCUGUGACGUGCUGCGCAGCCAACUCUACUGGACCCUCCAGAAGGUGACUGAGGGUGCUUCCCUGCUGCUGUCUGUCCUUGGGAAUCCUGCCCUGCAGAAGGCAUCCAAGGUGUGGUACCUGCUGCGUGCCCAGUGCCUGCUGCUGAUGGCACUCUACCUCAGUCUCUCAUCCAGCAGCCUCUCAGAUGCCCUGCGGGAGCAGCUCUGGGCCCAAGGCUGGCAGACACCCGAGACAGCACUCAUGGACUGCCACAAGCUGCUCCGAAGCAUCAUCAUCCUGAUGCUGGGCAGUGAGGUGUUAACACAGAAAACAGCCGUGGAGACAGCAGUGUUCCCAGACUACGGUGAAAAUCUGGUACAAAAAUGGCAGGUUCUGACAGAGGUGCUAAGCUGUUCAGAGAAGCUGGUCUGUCGCCUGGGCCGCCUGGGGAACGUGUAUGAAGCUAAGGCCUUUUGCCUGGAGGCCCUGAAACUCACCACGAAGCUACAGAUCCCACGCCAGUGUGCCCUAUUCCUGGUGCUGAAGGGCGAGCUGGAGCUGGCCCGCAACGACACGGACCUCUGUCAGUCGGACCUGCAGCAGGUCCUGUUCCUGCUCGAGUCCUGCACAGAGUUUGGUAGGACAGCACAGCACUCGGACUCCACAAAGAAGGUGCACCUGCAGAAAGGGAAGCAGCAAGCCCAAGUCCCCAGUCCUCCACAGCCCCCGGAGGAGGAGGCCUUUCUACAAGGCCCUGCUCUGGAGCUGGUGGCCACUGUGUCCCAGGAGCCUGGUCCUGUCGCGCCUUCUACAAAUUCCUCCCCAGUUCUGAAGACCAAGCCCCAGCCCACCCCCGGCUUCCUGUCCCACCCCUCUGACUGUGACUGCCUGCUGUGUGCCAGCCCUGUGCUAUCAGCAGUCUGUUUGCGCUGGAUGUUGGUCACCGCGGGGGUGAGGCUGGCCACGGGCCAUCGGGCCCAGGGUAUGGACCUGCUGCAGGUUGUGCUAAAGGGUUGCCCCGCUGCCUCUAGGCGCCUCAGCCAGGCCCUCCAAGCUCCUUUGAAUGCUAAAGCACCCCUGCCCAUUGCCUCAAGCCUCUUGGAUGAGAUUUUGGCUGAGACAUACACACAGCUGGCCCAGGAGGGCCUGAGCCAGCUCUCCGACAAAAACCUGGCAAAGGUGCUAGAAUUGGGGCUGAAGUUUGUGACAGCACGAAUGUACCACCUGGAGCCCUGGAGAGCCAACCUGCUCCUGAUUCAGGCCCUGGCCAAGCUGACUGCUGUCAGCCGCUGCACCAGCCAGCUCUUUGCUCACUCCUGGGGCUGGCAGCCACCACUGAUGAAAAGUCCCCUGACCUCAGAGCCCUCUAAGGGUCGGGGCCGAAAACAUUCUGGCCGAGGGCGCCAGCAGGCAGCCUCUGCUCCCCUGGCCCUCCAUAAUAACUCGCAGAAAGGUCUGGAAAGCGGAGCCCCACCCUGUACACCUAAGCCAUCCGGCCGUACCAGGCCAACCAGCCGCCGUGUUCCUUUCACUGUGUUCGAAGAAGUCCACUCUAUGAAGGGCAGUUCCGAGGUUCCCCAGGCUCCCAGGGUUCAACAGAGGGCCCUGACGCGCCUGAAGGUGAACUUCAGUGAUGACAGUGACUUGGAAGACUCUGUCCCCGCCGAAGCACUGCUGGCGGAAGAACCUAAGAAACGGGGCACUUCUUCCCGGGGUCGGGGCCGUGGCCGGGGCCAGAGCCAGAGCCACACUCAGAAGGACCCGAGCUGGAAGACUGAUCCCCUGCAUGCCCUCAGUAGUGCCCCUGGUAUGAAGGGCAGGACCCGGAGGGCCAAGAAAGUGGCCUCGAGACCAUGUGAGGAGCUGGAGCCAGAGGCCAUGAGGACCGUCCCCGAGGAGGACCUGGCUGAAAACCUCUUGGAAAUGAGCUUUGAGGUCCUCCGGGGCUCUGAUGGAGAAGGCUCGGCUUCAGCUGAGAAGGCAGAGGCCCCAGGCCCUGCCCCAACCAUCACACAGUGUGCAGUGUUAAGACGAGAUUCCAACAAGUUGUCCUUCAUGUGUCCAGACAAGGAGAGCGACAAGGACCUGGGUUCCCAGCUGCAACUCCCCUCGGCUCCUGCCGCCCUUAGUGCGUCUGUCCUGGAUUCGCUGUGUGACUCCCUGAGCGUCGCCUUCCGUGGCAUCAGUCACUGCCCUCCCAGUGGGCUCUAUGCGCACCUGUGCCGCCUCCUGGCCCUGUGCCUGGGGCACCGGGAUCCCUAUGCCACUGCCUGCCUGGUUGCCGAGUCUGUCUCCAUCACCUGUCGCCACCAGCUGCUCACGCACCUGCACAGACAGCUCAGCAAGGCCCAGAAGCACCGGAGAUCGCUGGGAGUGGCAGAGCAACUGCAGACCCUGAACCUCCAGGACCAGGCAGCAGAUGACCCCAUGGACCGCAUUCAGCGCCUCUUCUCCUACAGGCCCUCGGGACCUGGCCGCUUCCCCGAGCCUGAGAAGGAGCACUUCCGAGAACGCCUGGCCCAUAUCCCCAGCGGGGUGACUGUGUGUGUGUUGGCCCUGGUCACACUCCAGCCUGGAACCCGGGGCGACACCCUCCUGAUGACCCGGCUGGAAAAAGACACCCCUCCAGUCACGGUGCAGAUUCCCACGGCCCACAGCCAGCUGCCUCUGAGUUUGGCCCUGAAAGAGUUUGAUGCAAUCCAGAAGGAACAGAAAGACAACAGCAGCUGCACCGACAAGCGGGCAUGGUGGAUGGGGCGGCUAGAGCUGGACCGCAGAAUGGAGGUUCUCAUCACUUCUCUGGAGAAGUCCGUGCUGGGCUGCUGGCGGGGGCUGCUGCUGCCUACCGGGGAGGAUCCCAGCCUGGCCCAGGAGGCAGCCCAGCUGGCCGAGCUGCUGCAGGAAUGCGGCUGGAAAUACCCAGACCCCACUCUGCUCCAAGUCCUGCUCAGUGGGGCCAGCAUCCUUACCCCCCAGGACAUUCAGACCCUGGCUGCUGGGCUGUGCCCAGCCCAGCCCGAGCGAGCCCAGGAGCUCCUGAGUGCAGCUGUAGGACGCCUACAGGGCCAGGCAGUGCCAAGCAGUCGGCACCUAGUCCUGGUGCUGGACAAGGACCUCCAGAAGCUGCCGUGGGAAAGCAUGCCCUACCUCCGGGCCCUGCCUGUCACCCGGCUGCCCUGCUUACGCUUCCUACUGAGCUACUCCAUCAUCAAAGAGUCUGGGGCCUCAUCAGUGCUGAGCCAAGGGGUGGACCCCCGGUGCACCUUCUAUGUCCUGAACCCGCAAAACAACCUGUCAAACACAGAGGAGCAGUUCCGAGCCAAUUUUAGCAGUGAAGCUGGCUGGAGUGGGGUGAUCGGGAAGGUGCCCAGCCACGAACAGGUGCAGAAAGCCCUGACCGAGCAUGACCUGUACAUCUAUGCAGGUCACGGCGCUGGUUCUCGCUUCUUCGACGGGCAGGCUAUCCUGCGGCUGAGCUGCCGGGCAGUGGCCUUCCUGUUUGGCUGCAGUAGCGCAGCCCUAGCUGUGCAUGGAAACCUGGAGGGAGCAGGCAUCGUACUCAAAUACAUCAUGGCUGGCUGCCCUUUGUUCUUGGGUAAUCUCUGGGAUGUGACCGACCGUGACAUUGACCGCUACGCAGAGGCCCUGUUGCAGGGCUGGCUCGGCGCAGGCCCUGGCGCCCCGCUUCUCUACUACGUCAGCCAAGCCCGCCAGGCCCCCCGACUCAAGUAUCUUAUUGGAGCUGCACCGAUAGCCUACGGCUUGCCUGUCUCCCUACGGUAACAGCUCGGAGCUGUCUUACUAGCUGGUCAAAGCCACAUGACUGUUUUAUUUCCAAACUUAAAUUUUAAAAUCUCUUAGAAUGAAUACUUUAAAGUGAUUCCCCCAGUGUUUUAUAUGAAAUAUUUCCCUUGAAUUUAACUUUAUAUAAUAAAGAUAUAUCACUUA